AUGGGGAGUGUGGAGCCUUGCAGGGGUUUCAUCAGGAAAUUGGGGUUCAGGGGUGUCACCAGCCCGAGCGGCUACGGCUUCCACCUGCACGGCGAGAAGGGCAAGAGCGGCCAGUUCAUCCGCAAAGUGGAGCCCGGCUCGCCCGCCGAGGCUGCGGGGCUCCGCGCCGGGGACCGCGUCGUGGAGGUGAACGGGCUUAACGUGGAGCAGGAGACACAUCACCAGGUGGUGCAGCGCAUCAAGGCCGUGGAGACGGAGACGCGGCUGCUGGUGGUGGACAAGGAGACGGACGAGUACCUGUGCAGCCUGCGGCUCACCUGCACCGAGGACAUGGUGCACAACGGCAUCCUGCUCAGCCCUGCCCUGCCCCCCAGCAAGGGCCUGGCCAGCGACAACGGCGACGUCUGGAAGCCACAGCUGGAGCUGAGCGGGGGCAGCCUGCAGAGGCAUUCCCACAGCUUCUCCUCGCACGGCAGCAGGAAGGAUGUAAACGGACAGAAGGAGCUGUGCCCACGUCUGUGCCACCUGAAGAAAGGCCCCAGUGGCUACGGCUUCAACCUGCACAGCGAGAAGUCGCGGCCGGGGCAGUUCAUCCGCUCGGUGGAUCCCGACUCGCCCGCAGCCCGGGCGGGGCUGCGGCCCCAGGACCGCCUGGUGGAGGUGAACGGGAUAAACGUGGAGGGGCUGCGGCACUCGGAGGUGGUGUCCCACAUCAAAUCCAGGGACAGCGAGGCCAGGCUGCUGGUGGUGGACCCCGAGACCGACGAGUACUUCAAGAAGCUGGGGGUGACCCCCACAGAGGAGCACAGCAAAGGUGUGGUGCCCCAGCCCAUGACAAACGGAUCUGCACAGACUCAGCUGAAUGGAGGAUCCACAUCUUCAUCUCACAGCGACCUGCAGAGUCCUGGGAAGGAAUCUGAGGACGGAGACCCGGACAAGAAGGACCCGUUCGAGGAGAGUGGGCUGAGCCUGAGCCCCACAGCUGCCGAGGCCAAGGAGAAGGUGAGGGCCAAGCGUGUGAAGAAGCGAGCGCCGCAGAUGGACUGGAACAAGAAGCGGGAGAUUUUCAGCAAUUUCUGAGCCCCGCUGGAGCCGCCGCCCGCUCCCCGCCCGGCCCGGACCUUCCGGAGGUGCCUACGCCCUUGUCCUCGGUGUCCACGGGAGAUGCUUUGUGCUCUGCUCUUCACUGGUUGCUUUUACAAGGCGUAUUUUAAAGUCCUUUUUAUUUUUAUUUUUUAUUAUUAUUGUUAUUAUUGUUAUUAUUAUUAUUAUUGUUACUCACCAGCGAUUCUCAUAAGACGAAUGUGACCAAAGCUCUUUUUCUUGCUUGCUCUUGAGCCUGGCUCUGGCUGCCCACCGUCCCCUGUUCCUAUGAGAAAGGACUGGAAGAAUUUUAACUCUUGUUACUUACUUGCAUCAUUUAGGCUU